AUGGCAACAUCAAUUCUCCCAGCGCUCCCCCCAUUGCGGCAAGCUGUCGUGCAGUCAGCCACGACACCCGGAGCCUUUGACCUCCGCACUGACCUGCCCAUGCCAACCAUGUCACCUGACCAUGUUCUCAUCAAGGUGAGCGCAGUGGCGGUUAACCACUGCGACUACAAGAUGCCAGCACGAAUACAUUGUCCCAACACGGUCGACGGCUGCGACUUCUCAGGUACAGUCGUGCGCGUUGGCGACACUGUUGCCAGUACCCCUGGCGGUCUGAAAAUUGGCGACCGUGUUGCUGGCGCUCAGAUGGCCUCCCAGGCUCGACGACCCUGGUCGGGUGCCUUCACUGACUACAUCGCGGAGAAGCCUGACAACCUGUGGCGUGUUCCCGACCACUUCUCUUGGGAGCAGGCGGCUUCGAUAGGGUGCGCUGUGGCCAGCAGCGUGGGAAUGGCGCUUUGGUGGGAAAUGAAGCUGUCUGGAACGCCCGAAGAACCGACGAAAGACCCCAAAUUCGUUCUGGUCUAUGGUGGUUCCACUGCCAGUGGAACCUUUGCCAUGCAGCUGUUGAAGAUGUCGGGCUAUCGAGUCAUCACAACCUGCUCUCCUAAGAACUUCAAACUAGUCGAAGAGUACGGAGCCGAGAAGGCGUUUGACUACCACUCGCCGACAUGUGGAGAAGAUAUACGAGCCUACACUAAGAACUCCUUGGAAUAUGCACUAGACAUCAUUACCGAAGCGAGGUCUAUCCGCCAGUGCUACGCAGCCAUCGGACGUGGUGGUGGUAGAUACAUUGGAUUUGAGCUCUUACCGGAUGAUCUCAUGGCCACAAUGAGGAAGGCCGUCAAGCCAUCUUGGGUCAUGGGCUUGGAGGUGGCCGGAUUGGAGUUGGAGUUGCCAGGAGGGUACUAUCGCAAGGCAAACCCCGAACUGCAUGACUGGCUUCAUGGGUGGAUCAAGCGCUUCGCCGCGUUGCUUGAGUCCAAAAGAUUGAAACCACAUCCUAUGCAGAUCAAUCCGGGCGGAUUAGCAAAGGUGAUUGAUGGACUGGGAGUCUUGCAGCGAAAGGAAGUCUCAGCGCAGAAGCUAGUGUAUCCUCUGUAUGAAAAUUAG